UCUUUAUUGUGGUGGAUCAUGUUUGGGUAGGAGGGAUCAUUUGCCCCACAGGGCCAGCCCUGUGGGCAGCAGAUGAGCCAGAACAACUUGUGUGUGUGUGUGUGCGCACUGCUGAGCUGUGAGCAGUAGAGCACCGCCAGUUCAGCCUGCUCCAAMUGGGCACGCUCUCCAGCCCAGCAGCUCGCCUCUCCUUUUCACUCCGGAUGAUGCCUUGGAUUUAGCCAACCCACACCAGUGAUAUGAAUAAAACACUGGAGAAGAUACACACUUCUGGAAGCCUCGGACAGAAAGCAGAUCUUUUUCACAGUGGGAAGGGUAAUGUGAGUGGAUUUCCCAGCCCAGCCCUCAUCCCACUUCAAGAUUCUUUACUAAUACCAAAUGCUCAGGAGACUGGAACCAAGCUGUGCCCAGGGAACAGGGGUGUCAAUGAGGCAGACGGCUCCUUAUCUUCUGUCCCGAAGCUCUAUCCUGAGCUCCUUCCUUCAACCCUCUGCCCCCUCGCCUCUGAAUGUUUGUCACCAUGCAUAAGAGGUGCAACUCAGGUGAUUAAAGUUUAUGAUGAAAAUAAUAUCAGCAAAGCUGUCGAGGUUCCCACUGACGUCACUGCCCGAGACAUCUGCCAGCUGUUUGUCUUAAAGAAUCACUGCAUUGAUGACCACAGCUGGACUCUUAUUGAACACCUCACACAUCUGGGCAUAGAGAGAACCAUUGAAGAUCAUGAGUAUGUCAUGGAGGUGCUAUCAGGGGGAGGGAUGGACACAGACAGUCGGCUCUGUUUUAGGAAGAAUUAUGCUAAAUAUGAAUUCUUCAAGAAACCUCUGGCAUUUUUCCCAGAUCACAUGGUUUCUAUAUCCACUGAAACUAAUGGAGCGCUGGUUCACUCUGAGCUUAUUGAGACUUUUCUCAAAUCCAGCACUUGUCCAGAGAUCCAUGGGUUUCUGCACGCCAAAGAACAAAGCAAGAAGUCCUGGAGGAAGUUCUACUUUGUUUUGCGGAGGUCGGGGCUUUAUUUCUCCAGUAAGGGGACUUCCAAGGAACCAAGGCAUCUCCAAUUCUUUGCCGAUUUCAGCGACAGUGAUGUCUACACAGUUUUAUCAGCUAAAAAACUACACGGCGCACCCACAGAGUUUGCCUUCGGUGUUAAGUCUACAAAGUGCAGCUCAGCUCGUGACUUGAAGCUGCUGUGUGCAGAUGAUGAGCAGACCAAGACCUGCUGGAUUACAGCCAUGCGCUUGUUAAAGUUUGGGAUGCAACUUUUCCAAAAUUUCAUUCAGCCACACCAGAAGCAAAAAGCCUCACCAAUGAGAAGCAUCUCAGAGAACUCACUGGUGGCMAUGGACUUUUCUGGCCAGAAGACUCGAGUAAUUGAGAACCCAUCUGAGGCACUUUCUGUGGCUGUGGAGGAAGGCCUGUCAUGGAGGAGGAAAAGCUGCCACCGUCUGAGUGGCCAUGGAAGCCCCUCUGCCGCUCAGAGCUCAGCGUCAAACCUAGCAAUCCACCUGGCCCAGCCGUGGUUUCACGGCAAGCUGUCUCGGGAGGAGGCUCAGCGUCUAAUUACUCAGCAGGGUCUAGUUGAUGGGGUGUUUCUGCUGAGGGACAGCCAAAGCAGCCCAAAGACAUUUGUUCUGUCACUUUGCCACAUGCAGAAAAUCAAACAUUUUCAGAUCUUACCAGUGGAUGAUGAAGGGGAAGUGUUCCACAGUUUAGACGACGGCCAAACACGAUUUACUGACUUGAUCCAGUUGGUGGAGUUUUACCAGCUAAACCGUGGGGUCCUCCCCUGCAAGCUCAAGCAUCACUGUGCAUGAACUCUCUUCACCACUUCACAAACUCCAGCGAGGCACCAUGAGCGCCUUAACUAAAGAUUCUGGACAAAAACUCCCAGCGGUCUUGUGCCUUAGAAAAGAACAAUGUAAAGAAAGUGGAUUUCAUAUUGUGGGACACCGUGCAUCCUUAUUUUAUUAUGACUUUUUUUUAUUAAAAUAACAUUUUUUUUCUUUUUAGAAAAACAUAUUUUUAAAGCAGACUGUGUUAUAAAUAACUGCUGGUGCUUUCCAUAACAUCCAAUAUUAUUUUUGGUUAAUAAUAUGUUCGUAUGAGGUGGGAAAUUAGUUUUGCAAAGUUCAAGCAUGACUUCCUGCACUGUAUGUCCUAAAGAUAAACAUGUACUGACAAAAGUGAAUGUUCACAUGAGAGAAAAAAUACACAAAGUAGUUAAAUUUAAAGAGUAAUAAAAUACAGAUAAAUUKACAUUUUUAAAGUGAGGUUUUCAGCAAUUUGUGUGAAAACUUUACAUUUGUUAAGAACUUCAUUACACCAAGUCACCUUUACUUUAGACGGWUACUGUACUGUACAUAAUGUGCUAAACAUAACAAGUCUACACAAGUGAUGCUGUGUGAAAAUUCAUCACAGCUGCUUGAAGGUCUAYAAAAAUUGAGGUUUACCUGGUUUUAGAUAGUUAAAAUCUGUGUUGAAAUCAGCCCCAGCCUAACUUAGCUGGAGAAUUUUUCUCAGAUUCCUCAAACAGAUUGCUCUUACUGAUGUUUGGUGUAAGGUAAGAUAUUGACUACUCACAUGUAUCUAGCACAGCCCCAUGUAAAAAAAUAUAUAUAUAAAUAAAAAAUAUAGAUGAGGCUUUUCAAAACAAAGUGGUAGUAGUCAGCAACACAUCUAACAUGUUCAUUUUUUUAAAUAUAAUUUUUAUCUGUCAUCGUAUUUUUAUGGUUCAUUUUUUUGCAAGAAAACUGCUAUUUUUCUAUCUGAGAGAAAAUGACCUUAACGGAAGUGUCAUUGAUGUUUCAGGAACYGUUCUGCGGCUGAACUGAAACAACAAAGGAAGGAAAAAAAUAUUUAAAAAAACACAGAAAAUAUGGCUCACAACCUCAUUCCCUUGUGCAAGGCACUGACAUUCAUUUGAAUGAAUAAAAUUGGUGUAUUCACAGAGGUACUUGUACAGUUUCUCGAGGACAAGAGUAACACAAUGUUUUUUUCUUCACAAUUUGUGGAUGUAAAAAAUAAAAUAAAAUGCAAAAAAUGUGCAGUCUUUUGAUU